AUGGGGAAAGGACAUGAAAUGAAAGCUUUUAUGUGGAAGGGAGGUGUGGUGGAGAUGGGAGUGAGAGGAGAAGGAAAGAAAGGAUCAAGACAUGCAGCUGAAGAAGAGAACUGGCCAGUUCCAAAGCCACAAGAACGUUUCAGGCAUCACACUUACGAAGAACCACCCGAUGUCUCACCUCCCAUCAGGAGAUCUGAAACACCCGACAGUUACGUCGGUGAAUCAAGCGACGAACUCAAUGGACACUCGCCAGCAAGCAUGUCACCGUCGCCUCACCGGCAAGUCAACUAUUCCAAAGAUCACCACUCGUCGUCGCCGAUGUCCUCAGAGAGCGCAGACGACAGCUUCCCACCAAUGCAUUCCUCGUCGCAAAACCACCGUCAGCAGACGCCGCAGCACGACAGAAGACCCACGGCGGAGUACGACAACCCUUGGGAGUGGAGCAAUAAUCCCAUGAAGAUGGCUAAGAUGGGGCCGAGUCCAGACGGGUUUGAAGGUCCUAGGGGGAGGAGUAGGUCCGAACUACCAGCCAAUAGAGUUAUGAGGACGAGUCCCGAGUCGGACACCAGGCCAGGAGACGAGUAUGACGCACCUUGGGAAUGGAUGCCAAUGAAUAGGAAACUCUCACAAGCUAUCACAGACAAGGAGAAGCAUCAGCAUGCGGGGCGUGUCUCGCCCCUCCCGGAGACACCUACGAGGGGGGCUAAGAAGGGGAACAUGAAGCUUGAUAUCAAGUCAAGACCAGUAGACAUGCCCGGAGAGCCGGUAGAUCCCAAGAUACCACUUACCCAUCAAACAUGGUACCACGGGAAGCUAUCAAGAUCAGAUGCAGAGAAGAAGUUAAAAUCAUGCAAGGAAGGAAGUUACUUGGUUAGACAGAGUGAGAGUGCUGCCAGGGAUUACUCGUUAUCAUUAAAGAGUGCAAAGGGUUUCAUGCAUAUGAAGAUUGUGUUCAACCACCAGUCAGACGGAUAUAUAUUAGGAGAGUUCAGUAAACCAUUCCCGAGCAUCUCAGAAAUGAUAUGCUACUACACAAGGCAAAAGCUCAACAUCAGAGGGGCAGAGCACAUGGCAUUGCUACACCCGGUCAUAGACCAGUUACUAUAGGCCUGAUCUUGGCGUUAGAACCCCCGUAGAAGAUAGACUGUUCUAGAAAAGACUGGCUGGCUGUGAGAGAGAGACGAUGAAGAUGGUUAUCGGUUUUUCCUCCGUUUCUGUUUCGUAUGUCUUGGAUUGAUUCGGGCAGAGCAUACUGGAAAUGAUGAAAGACUAGUCCUCGAAGGUCUAGAGGAUUCCUAUCUUCUGCAGGUCCAGACUGCUACAGUGUCCUACAUUGUUCUAGAAGAUGUUGUGGACUAUCUGAUAGUCCAAGCUUUGACUGUCUGCAAGACAAGCCAGCUUGUGAGACCUAUACUGAACUAGUCCAGGUCUAGGAGAUAGACUUCAUUAUAUAUUGUUAGAGAUAUUUAUGGCUA